AUGGACUCUGGCCACCCCUGCACUGCACGGGGCAAGCUGUGCCAUGCGAUCACAGAACUGCUUAAUGAUGUGGAGCGGUUAAAACAAGCUCUUAAUGGCUUGUCUCAGCUCACAUACACCACCGGGAUCCCCUCAAAGAGGCAGAACCAGCAGGUUGAAACGCUGCAGAACCAAGUGAAAAGCCUGCAGCAGCAGUUGGCGGAUGCUAAAAGGCAGCAUCAAGAGGUAGUCUCAGUGUAUCGGACACAUCUCCUCAGUGCUGUACAGGGUCACAUGGAUGAAGACGUCCAAGCUGCUUUACUACAGAUCAUCCGCAUGAGACAGGGACUCGUUUGCUGAUGUGCUUAGUGCCAUUGCUCUUGAAGGCUGCUGUGUCUUGUAGAAGUGCUGUGGUGAUGGUAGUGAUAACCUUCAGGAGACUUAUAUAAGUAUGAUAUAGCUGCAAUUAGAAUCUCCAAAUAUGAAACAACUUAGCUGGAAUAGUUUCUUCGUGGAAAACUGAAAAAUAGGGCUACUGAGUUUCAGAUCUGACACCUCUCUCAUUAGAUUAAUAAAAGAUGUAGAACGUCUUUUAAAAUUGGUAGACAAGCUGACUGUCAAAAUGAUGACAUGGUAGUUAAAUUAUUUUUAUGUCUGAUUGACCACUUAUUAAAGCAAGGUCUAUACCCAGAAACUCCAGUUUAUCCUAUAACUCGGACUCUCAUGGUAUGGUUGAAAAUAAACUCUAUUCAAAUGAGCUUGGCUAAGUAUUGUAGCUGUAUAUCUCCUUUAAUGAUUAAGAGAAAGUGGCUGUUUUUGUCACAUAAGCUGAUGAAGACACACUAAGACACGCUUAGUAAAUCAGCUGCAAAGGUAGAUGGAAAGUAUUUAGGUAUAUGUUGUAACUUGGCUGGCCAAGUUACAGACUUUAUUUAAAUAUAAGCUUAAGAUGUAGUGCCUUUGCUUUUUUGCAAGACUUAAAAAUCAGGUUUUUCUAUCAAAACACUAACUUUUGUUUGUCUCCCCUUCCCCCAAGGUUUUUCAGGAAUGCUUUGUAAUGCUGAUUACUGUGGGCUAAAGUAGUGUCUGGGAGUGGAGUGUCAUGGUUUGCAGAGCAGCAUUUUGAUCUAAAUGCAAUAGUCCUGCUUCUUUAUAAUUUCAUUCUUCAUUAGGCCUAAUAUGGGUGCAGGCUGAGCAGCUCAUUAAGCUGUACACUAGAUAAUUCAGGUAUUGGAUUUUCAAACACUAUCUCAUGGAAGUUCAAGGUAUUUUCCUCUUAACUGUAAAUUAUGUACUAUAAUCUUAUUUAUGGGGAAAGAUGCAAAUAGUAAGGAUUAAUUAAAUGAGAAUUUUUAUUUGCUUGGAAUCUACCUAUUAAAUGAGACAGGGCUUCACUUUGAAGGAUGGUGUUCCUAUAAGUAAGUUUUAUGAAAGGAAACACAAAAUUUGGGACUAUUCAAAGGAAGUAAUUGGGAAAUGAGUCUGACAACGUAUGUGGCCGUUGUAGUAGAGCAAGGAGCAGAAGUGCUAUCAGUUGCUGUGGUAACUUCAGGCUACUCUGUCGUAAAGCAUUUAAUAACUAGUGAGUAGGAAUCUGGGAUCCUGACACAGAAAACUUCCCCUUCCAUGUUCCUGAAAAAUAGGACUUAAGUCAGAGUGCAGAGUUCUCUGCCUGGAGUUGCCUGGGCUUCCCCCUAAGCUGUACCUCAGGCUUAGGUCUCCCUUUUCUUAGUAGUAUUAUGUUUGUUUCCUUUUUUUUUCCUUUUUGGGCAGUCUUGUAGAAUUGGAGAGACGACUGCCACAUAGAGGAGGAUACAGACCUAGUGAUGAAUGUGCAGGGCAGUUUUUAUUAUAUAAAUACACUUAAUAUAUUUACUAAAUAUGUGUCUGUAGUUAAACAGAUCUUCUGCUGCUUUCCUUUAAUUUCUUAGAGGACUAUUACAGAAAACAUCUCAGUAUAUAUACAUUACUUUUUAGCCAAAUUCUUUUAUGAUUGCAUUACUUGAAACUCUUGUUAGAGAGAGCUUGUUUUGAUAUACUAACUCUGGCAUAUUUUGAUAUUGUAUGUUUCCUUCUGAGGGAGUUCUAUGUGUGUUUUUCUAAAUUUCUCCCAUAUUACCUUAUCAAUAAAAAGUUUUCUUCUUUU